AUGGGCUGGCUCCCUUGGUCUUCCGGCGAUUCGAACAAAUCCUCCGACGGUGGCCGUAUCGCUCCGGACCGAACAAGUCGUGCGCGCUGCUGGGAAGGACGUGAUCACUUCUUCGCUUGCCUGGACCGGAAUGACAUUCUUGAUGGAAUCAAAAACGACAAGGAGGCGAGGCAAAAAUGCGCGAAGGAGGUUGCGGAGUUUGAGGAAGCGUGCUCGAAGACCUGGGUAAAAUACUUCAAGGAGAAGCGUGUGAUGGAAUAUAACCGGGAUAAGACGAUCGAGCGCAUCAAGAACGAGGAUGCGCAAAAGGUGAAGGAAUUGAAGUCUUCAGGCUGGAAGCCUACUUGA